AUGACUCCAGAAACACAAUUAACGAAGACUGAAGAAGGAGAUCUAGUAGAUGCAACACAUUACAGAAGUUUGAUAGGUUCUCUCAGGUAUUUAUUACAUACAAGGCCAGAUCUAUGUUACCCAGUCAGUCUGCUUAGUAGAUUCAUGCAAGAACCAAAGGAGCAACACUUGAAAGCAGUGAAGCAAAUACUACGUUAUAUCAAGGGAACUAAAGAGCAUGGAAUCAUCUACAAGAAGCAAGGAGGAUGUAAGAUCACAGGAUAUAGUGAUAGCAGUUUUGGAGUUAAUACAGACAAAGGAAAAGGAACAACUAGUCUGGUAUUCUACUUUGGAGAAUCACCUAUAACCUGGUGUACACAGAAGCAACAGACAGUGGCAUUGUCAUCGUGUGAAUCAGAAUUCAUGGCAGCCACUGCAGCAGCAUGCCAAGCACUAUGGCUUAAAAGAUUGUUAAGUGAAAUUACAGGCUGGAAGGAAGAGAAGAUAACACUCAGAGUGGAUAAUGUUUCUGCAAUAGCACUCAUGAGAAACCCAGCCUUUCAUGGAAGAAGCAAGCACAUUGAUACACGCUAUCAUUUCAUAAGAGAAUGCGUGGAGAACGAAGAUAUCACUGUGGAACACAUAAGUGGAGAACUACAACGGGCAGAUAUACUAACAAAGGCACUAGCAAGGAUCAAGUUUGCUACAAUGAGGGAACUGCUCGGGAUUCAGGAUUUGAAGCAACUUAAGGAUGUUCGAGAUUAG